AGCGGCACGUCCCGCGGCAGUACACAAUGGGAUUCAGUGUGGUGGUGAGCGUAGUGGCAUUGGCCGGUCUGGCCUGCGCCACAGUUGGUGACAAUGCCCUAGACGCCGGCGAGAGAGUGGUGCUUGUUGCACCUGUGCUUGCGCCCCCCAAGGACUCUAGGACCCACGCCAAUGAUCGGUCUAGACAGUUUCCGAUACUUGUGCUCUUAGCCCAAGAAAAUCAGCCUCCGAGUGGACGGGAGAACUCCGCUAAAUCUUUGGGAAUCAACCCUCAACCUAUUUAUGUACAGAAACUAGAGGACCAAGAAUAUGCUCCGUCAGGCAGGCCAAAUAGACAGAAGAGGCAUCUCCUGAAGAGUUUGCUUCUCGGAGGAGGAGGCGGAGGAGGACUCUCGUUUGGCGGAGGCUUCGGCAUCGGCGGAGGGCACAGCGGCGGUUACAGCGGCCAUGGCGGCUACGAGGAGCCAACUAAAACUAUUAUAUUGGUGAAGGAACAUGGCCAUGGCAGAGGCUACGGCGGUGGAUACGGCGGUCACGGUGGCUACCAUGGUGGAUAUGAUAACGGCGGCUACGGAAACGGAGGUGGAUACAACAACGGGGGCGGUUACAACAACGGGGGCGGGUACAACUACGGGGGCGGGUACAACAACGGCGGAGGUUACGGCAACGGCGGAGGAUACGGUGGCGGGUACGGCGGCGGAUACGGUGGAGGUUACGGCGGCGGCGGCGGCGGCGGCGGAGGUGGCGGCGGAGGAGGAGGAGGUGGUUAUGGCGGUGGCGUUGGCGGCGGUUACGGCGGUGGCGACGGUGGUUAUAGCAACGGUGGCUACGGUGGCAAUGGUGGCUACGGCCAAGGAGGACACGGCGGCGGCUGUAGCGGUGGCUGCGGCGGAAAUGGCGGCGGUAGCGCCACUGCCUCUGCCACUGCCACGGCAACGGCGCAUGCCACCUCUAAUUCGUAUGGAAAGCGCAAAUGAAAAUACCGAAAUAAAAAAACAACUAAAGCAAAAAUACAGAAGUGAGAUUGAAACUUUGCCGUUUAGCAUUUGCAGCUUGAAAUAAAUUUUCUUCUAAUCUUGAAAAUUUUCGAAA